CGUUACACUGUGACCCACAUGGCACAUUUUGACACCUUGCAGACACCACAAGAAGGUUACAGGAACAGUAGAUAGCUGAUCUCAACACAACAUUCUUGACAAAAUGGCCGACUCUGGAGAUGGCAGCCCAGACCUCUAUAUUAGGACCCCCUGUAUACACAGCAUCCCAAUGUCAAAGGGGCACUACUCUGUCUACCUAAAACUAGAGAACCUCCAGAUACCAGGCUCCUUCAAACAGAGAGGCAUCAGUCACUUCUGUAAAAAGGCUUUACAGAAUGGGGCUACCAAGUUUGUAUGUGCCUCUGGUGGCAAUGCAGGACUAGCCGUGGCCUAUUCUGCACACUGUCUUUCUGUGCCAGCCACGAUUGUCCUACCAACAACAACACCAGAGUUAGUCGCUCAUAAAGUCCGGGACAUGGGUGCAAAUGUGGAAGUGCAUGGAGGUGUUUGGGACGAAAGUAAUGAAUACGCCCAGAAGAUGACAACAGACCCAGGCUGUGUAUAUGUACACCCAUUUGACCACCCAGAUAUUUGGGAAGGCCACAGUUCUAUGAUAGUAGAAGCUAAGGAACAGAUGCCGGGCCAACCCGAUGUGGUCGUGGCGUCAGUUGGAGGUGGUGGACUGCUGACGGGAGUAGUGGAGGGUAUGUGGAAUGUAGGCUGGAAAGAUGUACCUGUGAUUGCCAUGGAAACCGAGGGUGCUGAGAGCUACUUUAAGGCAGUAGAGGCAGGGAAACUCGUUACACUACCCGCUAUAACCAGUGUUGCUAAAAGUCUAGGAUCCCUGACAGCAUGUGCUGCAUCUCUUGAAAAAUCCACGAAACAUAAAAUCCUUCCUGCUUUGGUGACUGACCAGCAAGCUGUUGAUGCUUGCAUCAGAUUCUCCGAGGACCACAGGAUGUUAGUGGAGCCCGCGUGUGGUGCCAGUCUGGCAGCUGUGUACAGUGAAGUCAUCCCCCGUUUACAGAGGGAGGGUAAACUAGGCACUGUGAACUCUGUCCUCGUUAUAGUGUGUGGAGGCAGUGCUGUCACCAUUGACAAGCUCCAACAAAAGUUUGGACUGAAAGAUGUAUAACAUCAGUUGUGUGAAUAUGUGAAUAAAAUAUAGCAAUAAAAUUUUAAUAGGUUAGCACAAAUUCUACUAUUUUUAUGAUUUUUAUAUUUCAUUCACUUUUUAAGAUGUUUCCAUCUAUUUAUCUAUUGAAACUUUGAUUUUUCUGACUUAAUUGUCACUGAAUUAUGGCAUAUGAGCCAAAAAUAAGCAAAUAAAGACAUUAUGAGAUCACAAUUAAAAACACACUGAAUUAACAUUGUGAAAUAUUGUUUAGAAAAAGACAUACAAUCUAUAGCGGGUUUCAGAGAAAGGGUUUCUGAAUGACAUGACCUUUUAACAAAAUUAUCAGUCCCUAAUUGACCAUUUUAACAGUUUUGAAAUGCAAAGCAAUACAGAUAAACCUCUCAUGGGACCACCCCAUUAUAGUGAUUUCAUUGUGAACUGAACCUGUAUUUAAGGACCACCUGUAUUUAAGGACCACAUUUUGUAAUUUUCUGUGUUUGUCUCUUGAUACAUGUUUCACUCCAUAUUUUUAGAUGUGACCAGUUUUGUUUUUGAUUUAGUAAUUUACACUUUAUUUUGUGUAUAAGUACAUUUGCCAUAAUAUUUUUGUUCUUUUCAUCAUUAUGGAAGACAUUGGCUGCCCAGAACCAAACCAUUAUAGAGGGGGCCAGGAAUCGAAUGAGCUUGUUAGGUGUUAGACACCUUACUGGCGACAUAGUCAAGCAUAGAACUCCAUGUGUGCAAAUAUGAACAAACUUGUGCACAGGGUAAAAAUCUGGACAAACUCCACUACAGGGUGUUAAUAUAAACAAACUUGAUCUACUACAGGGUGUUAAUUUAAACAAACCUGAUCCACUACAGGGUGUAAAUUUAAACAAUCUUGAUCCACUACAGGGUGUAAAUUUAAACAAACUUGAUCUACUACAGGGUGUUAAUUUAAACAAACCUGAUCCACUACAGGGGGUAAAUUUAAACAAUCUUGAUCCACUACAGGGUGUAAAUUUAAACAAACUUGAUCCACUACAGGGUGUAAAUUUAAACAAACUUGAUCUGCUACAGGGUGUUAAUUUAA